AUGAGGUCAUCUUCUUGCUCGUCCCCUGCUACUGGGUUUCCUCCACCAUCGACGCAUAUACAAAAUUUCCUUCUCUGUUCGCUGCUCGCUUCCUCCCUCAAAGCCGCGAGCCACCUCUGUUCACGCCGUCAUGACCCUCGCUGGAUCGUUGACGGGGAAGAAACGAGUAGAUGGGAGCGAGAGCUUGACAUUCGAAAAUAUCCGAGACUCCUUGAUCCGACAGCAUUAUAUUCGGUCUGUUGGAGAGAGCCAAGUACUGUUACAACGCUAAUACUUACGAUCCUACUGCUUUUGACAUGCAUGGAGGGAUUCAACGGCUCUUUGGUUGAGUACAUUGUCAAAGGCACCGAGAAGCUUCACGCUAAGGUUGGUAGGUACAAGAGCCCUGAUGAACAUCCUUUCUUUCCAGACGAUUUGCCUGAGCAUGUAAAAGAGAUUUAA